AUGGCGCGAUUAUAUACGCCCCCGGCGCCGCCCCCCGGCGCCGCCCCCCGACGCCGCCCCCCGACGCCCCCCACGGCGCCGCCCCCCGGCGCCGCCCCCGCCUCUCGCCCGCACGCAGGCCACGGCCAGACCACGUUCGCAGCUGCGCAGAAGACGCCUGACUGCCCCACUUCUCCCUCCUGCGGUGAGUUCCGUCACCACGCGUCGUCCAAAUUCCUAGUGAACCUUUCUGGAGAGGAGAGAGCCGAUAGGCUGACAGAUGCAGCUUUUGAUGGGCAAGUGGCCGAGCUGCGUGCUCUGCUCGCAGCAGGGGCGGACAUCGAAGCGCUGGACAGUUCAGGGUGGACUGCUCUGCACGCGGCAGCGAGGGCGGGAAACGUACAGGCCUUGAAGUGUCUGCUGGCGGCGGGGGCAGACGUGGGAGGGAGAAUCGACGGUGGGUUCAGCGCCCUGCAUUGGGCAGCAACAUUGGAAUAUUCGGACGUGGCGAAGUGCCUGCUGGAGGCGCGGGCAAAUGUGGGCGCCAGGGAUGGCUACCAGAAGACGCCUCUGCACUGGGCUGCAGCGAAAGGCCUUUGGGCUGUGGUGCGGCUGCUCUGUGCGGCCUCAGCAGAAGUCAACGCCAGGGAUCAGUGGGGGUCUACUCCGCUGCACUACGCUGCGUCCUAUGACUACACAGAGGUGGCGGCUGCGCUGUUGGAGGCAGGAGCUGACAGGACGGUCAGGGAUGAGGAUGAGCUCACGCCACUGGACAUCGCCACGGACAAGCAAAACCAGCAGCUCAUAGACGUACUAAGAAGAACCUAG